CACUGCCACCUCUCAUCUUGCAGCAGAAGAAAGGGAAGAUUCAGGGGUACUAAUUUACUUAACAAGGAUAUGAACAAUCUGUCGGUGAAUGGACUGAAAAAAUUGCCGCCGGGGUUCCGGUUCCAGCCGACCGACGAAGAGCUGGUUUUUCAGUACUUGAAAUGCAAGGUCUUCUCCUCUCCUUUGCCUGCUUCUAUCAUCCCUGACCUCAAUGUCUGCAACUUUGAUCCCUGGGAUCUGCCUGGUGAGAUGGAGGGGGAGAGGUAUUUUUUCAGCACGAAGGAAGCAAAGUAUAGAACAGGGAACCGGAUAAAUCGAGGGACUGCUUCCGGAUAUUGGAAAGCAACCGGUUCGGAUAAGCAAAUCAUAUCAAGGAGAAAUGAAGUAGGAGGGAUGAGAAAAACCCUAGUUUUCCACAUGGGGAAGCCUCCACAUGGAUCAAGAACUGAUUGGAUCAUGCAUGAAUAUCGCCUACUUACUCUAUCAAAUCACUCUCUACAUGCAAACAUCCAGGAUUAUUUGAAUCAUGACAUAGAAAAGUGGGUUCUGUGCCACGUGUUUUUGAAGAAACCAAGUAACAAGACUAGUGAUGAGGAGGAGAUUAUGCACAGUUUUUGUAAUAAUAGUAACAAAAAGUCAAAAAAAACCAAAAUUGUUUGAUUUUAUGAGAGAAAACGAUGGCAUAACAGCCGAGUCAUCUUCUUCUUCUUCAAGUUCGAGCAGUAAUAUCACUGAGGUUUCUUCAAGUGCAUGCAGUAG